AAUUUAUUAGCAGCGGGAAUUUAUGAAUGAACCAGGCCCACCAAAGUCAGCCGUAUUAACAGACUGACACCCAAACGGACAACGCACAACGACAUAUUCACAAAGCUGGCCACUCCAACGACAACAAAGUUCAAAAUGGAGAGUGUUCCAAGCUUUAGGGUAUUUGUGCAGUCAGUUAAGCCAAGAAUGAAAUCUCAGUAUCCUUUCUUGAGUCAAGAACAGAUCAUGCUAAAGUUGAGGCACCAGUGGAAGUUCUUGGACUCUUCAACUCGUCAGAAUUACGGCAAACUGAGGUCGAAAAAUCGAUCUGGCUUCAAACCCAGUGUUGUUUCUAUAAAGAAUAAGGGAAGUGGCAAAGGAAGUCUACAAUUAGAUGAAGAAAUGAAGGACUUGCACAGCAACUUCAGUGACGUGACUGACACCAACUGGAAACCCUACCAGGCUCAUAAAACGCCGUCAUCCGGAUUUUAUGGGAGCAAAAGAAAUGACAAAAAAGAAAUGACAGAUUCCCAGUGGGUGAAUAUCACCUCCUGCCCAAAGCCCGUGGGCAACAAAAGUGGCCCAAAGCCGAUCUAUGGCCGGACUGAAUCGUCAGACGUGGACAGCCUUAAAAAAAUGCAAUUUGGGACUGAGGAUGCUGUAGCUGAUUUGCAUGGGUUUGAUGAGGAUGAUAACGAAGAGGAUGCAGUUUUAAUGUAUCGACCAGCUGAGGAAGAAGACACGGAUGAAGGAGACAUGUCAUCAAUGAGCUGUAUGGAAGCCACUGAGCAUGAGAAAAAAGGUCUGAAUAAGGACUCUGAAAUUAAUGACAAAACGUUCCAAAAGUAUGAUGCAUAUGAGUACAAGACAGAAACGCCUAAAGGUAAGAGAUCGAGUAAAAAAUGGAACAAACUGAUGUCUGAAGCCAAAGAUGUGUCAAAUAAGAAAACAGAAGCGAUGUAUUCCAAAGUGGCCUUUGGAAUAGAGGACGCAAAAGAACCUUUUUACGUUGUGGCGGGGGAUCAUUUAACUGAAACUAAAAUCAAAGAAAGCACCAACCCUAAAGAGUCAAACACAAAGGGGAAUGAGAGGCCAAAUAAGAAAAUAAGAAAGAAUAGAGAAUUCAAAGAACAAGAGUCACUCUCUUCUGCUGUUAAUGACAACGAAAUCACUCAGUCGUGUUAUGGUGAAGACGAAGAAGGGGGUGAAAUGCUUUCUUCUAAAAUCCAGUAUGAAGAUGAAGGAGAUAUGCUUUCUUAUCGGGCCAAUAAUGAAGAAGAUGAAGGGGAUAUGUUUUCCUCUAAAGUCCAUAAUGAUGAAGAUGAAGAGGAUAUGCUUCCUUCUCAAGUCAAGAACGAUGAAGAUGAAGGAGAUAUACUUUCUUCUCGAGUCAAUAAUGAUGAAAAUGAAGUUGAAGGAGAUUUGCUUUCCUAUCAAAUGAACAAUGGUGAAGAUGAAGGGGGUAUAAUACUUUCUUCUCAAGUGAACAAUGAUGAAGAUAAGGGGGGUAUAAUACUUUCUUCUCAAGUCAACAAGAGUGGCCCGUCCGCCACACGGCUUCUACCUCCCCUCGAUGGUAGAGAGUCCGAGAGCCCAACGGCCAUCACCCUGAUCAAAGCCAAAAAGAAGCUAGAGAGCCUGACCUCCCCGUCUGAUGAGCCAGUUGAGAAAGAAGCGUCCGGUUGUUCCAGCACGGUGAAGACUCUAUCGAACCGCUGUGAUGAGAAUAAAUUUGAUUGGUUUGAUAGUCUCACCGAUGACAGCCAUCUGCAGGGAAAGACCACCACGGACAUGAACUCUACAGCAGAACACAGCCCCGAACCAGAGUACCUUGGUCAACUGUUUCAAGACCAGCCACGGGCAACACGAGCUGUUACUCCUGGACGAAGGUUGUCAUCAUGUGCACGUGGUUCAAACCCCAGCAGUUUUGAUUCACUCUUUCAAGAAGCCAAGGACAUUUUUUCCUAAAUCUAGUGUCAUACGUUAUAUUUCCUGCCCUGUCCGUUUUCAUUAUUUAAUUUGUCUAUCGUGCAUAUAUAUUUCCAUGGACUCAUCCAUGGCAAAACAUGUACAUGAUGUAGCCUAUUUCUUUGUCCAUUCUUUUCAACUGAUUUUGUACUGAAGACGUUCAUUUUCUCCAUUUUGUUUACGGAUUUUUUAAAAAUUUGUUACAUCCGAGGUCGAUUUACGUUGAGUUGUGUUGUGACAUUUAUUUGUGACAAAAGAAAAAUAA